AUGGUGCAAAUCCUCCUGCGGGUGCAGGGGUCGGGCGUGGAGUGGCAGGAGACGCGGCUGGAGGACGCCACGGCCGUGAUGGUGCACCACCAGGCGCUGCUGCGCAACAAGCGCUGCCUCCUCGCCUACCUCAAUGCGCGCAUGGAUCAGAUCCGACGGCUGAGAUGGCAGCUGGGAGCAACGCUGCCACGGGCGUUGCAGGAGCGGCUGAGUGCGGGCGAGGGCGAGUGGCUGGCGCAGUACUCUCAGGCGCUGGGGGACUACAUGGCGGACGCAGGGCUGGACCUCACUGUGGACCUGCUACCCCCCAAGGACCCGUACAUCGAGGUGCGCGUGCUCAAGGACGCCGGUGCAAUGUAUCUGGACGACAAAGUGGCCUACUUGGAGGCCAACACUCUGCACCUCGUCAGGAAGACCGAUGCAGAACCACUUAUUCUAAAGGGAUUAUUGGAACACCGAGAAUACUGA